UGCCCUGCCAGGAGAGGAGGUGGGGUUAUGAGAAGCUAAUCAACAGAGGCUGCUUACAGUUAUAGGAAUUGUCAACCGUGCAGACCGAUUGUAGAUAUAAAAAUGGAAUUUGCAUGCCCGUGAGACAUCAACCUAAUGUACAAGGUGCAUGUGUCUUUGACAGCGUCAGAGGAGGUAUGACGCUCACAAGAGGAUCUUUUAGCUAUUCUAGUGGAGAGGAGUACCACGGCGAGUGGAAAGAAGGGAGACGCCAUGGGCUAGGUCAGCUUAAAUUUGCUGAUGGCACCUGCUAUAAGGGACAGUUUGAAAAUGGCUUAUUCCAUGGAUGUGGUGUUCUUGUGUUCCCUGAUGGAUCCAGGUACGAGGGAGAUUUUGUACAAGGUAAAUUUCAGGGUGUGGGAAUCUUCAAUCGUUUUGACGGGAUGAAAUUUGAGGGAGAAUAUAAAAGUGGACGUGUGGAAGGAUACGGUCUGCUGACAUUCCCCGACGGAACACACGGAGUGCCACGGAAUGAGGGCCUGUUCGAGAACAACAAGCUGCUGAAGCGGGAGAAGUGUCAGGCGGUGGUCCAGAGAGCGCAGGGCUCGGCCACCAAGGCCCGCGGCCUCUCAGUAUGACCAAAGGAGCCACAGUGCCCGCAGGCCUGGCUGGCCCUCAGGGAUGGGUGACAGGGUUCACAUCGCCUCCCUCUUACCCACGUGGGUUCUGUUUCACAUUUGCCUUUGCCUCAUCACUGAUGCUGAACCUGAGUGGCCCACUCCACCCACUCUUGCCUUUCGUCGGGCAACACUGUCCCAUCUUUGCUGCUCGGUCUUGGCUCGACCCAUUGCUGCUGUAUUCCAUUUUAGGACUGGAUCACCAAAAUACUUAAUUUCCAUGUAGUUAUUAUUACAAAGAGUGAUCAGGCUAACAACUAGUUAUCAGCCCAAUUGGGCAUCAGACGUUCAAAGUCAUGGCAUGGUAAUCAUUCUCCUUAACUGUAUUGGUCUACACCUAUGAUGGGAGUACAUUUCACCCCAUAGCUCCGUAAUGUAGAGCGUAAUUUAAACAAUCUAUUUGGAACAACAAAUGUAGUCCAAAAAAUCUAUUUGGAGCAACAAUUUGAGAAACUUUGCCACUCACCUAUGCAGACUGACUGACUGCUUAGAACAUCUUACAAUGAGCCACCUCUAUAACCUCACAUGCAAACUGCAAAAAUCUUUUAUCUGAACUUGACACCUUAUCCAUCUCCUGUUACAACAACAGACACUUGCAAGUUGCAGUGGGGUGAAGAAUGAGAAUGUUUUAACCUUUGAACUUAUUUCAGGGUGAAAAGGUGUGACCUUGGCUUAUACACCCGAGGCUCUGUGGACAAGUUUGUAUUUGAUCACUUUUGUUAUCUAUCUUUGCCUUCACUUUGCCUUUCAGAAUGGAAUCAGUGACUGAUGUACGGUAUUGUACAUUACACUAUCACAGUGUUGUAACAGUUGUGUGGGUGAAAAUGGAUGAAAAGACAAGAUUGUUUUUUUCUUCUUCACAACAAAGGCAAGCAUUUUUACAGCUGCUCAGUACACACAACUAAAUGUACAUUUUUUUAAUAUUCAGUAUCAUAUGGCUUUCUCUUAAAUGACUAAUUUCAUUCUCAUGUCAUUUUGUUUCACUCAUGUCUAAGAUCUGUGUGAUUAUAGCUUACUGUUAAGGGUACCACACAACUAAUAGGGGUGGGAGUAGUCACAAGCAUUGAAGUAUCCUAAUCAUAAAAUGCAUUCAGUUCAGAAGCAAGUCAUUUUACUAUAAAUGUGUGUAUUGUUAUAGAGUAGCAUCUCACAAAAAGCUGUUCUUAAUAUAUCAUCUUUUUCAAAGCAGUUCACAUAAUAUUGCAUAUACAUUAGAUAAACAUAUACAUAAUACCCACAGAUUCAUAUGUGUGUGUUUCAGGUGCAAACAGCUGGUCCACUUGCUCUUGAAAUUCUGAAAUGAGUGGAGUAGUUUGAAAUAUAGAAAAGGGAAACUAUUACAUGUUCAGAUAGACUAAUAUUGUUGUCCUGGUGAUCGGGGGAAUAAAACAUUCUAUGUCCUCUUGCUUAAUUAACUCUGAGAGAGGGACAUUUAUACAAUCUUAUCCCUGCGAACAGUAUUAAAAUAGCUCGAUCACCUGUCACUAUUAUGCCCAUCCAAUCAAGGAAAUACUCUGUGUGUCAAUCAUGUAUCUUCUCCAGAGCGGCUCUGGGAAGACCACAAAGAGGAUGGGGUAUACUUUCAGAUUGGCUAGUCCCUAGGGACAGCAGACUAUGGCUUUGAUAUUUCUUAAAGCAGAGUUUCUGUGUGCAGAAUAGUCAAUUCAAUCGUGAGUUUCAUCAGUUUUGGAACAGAUUAGGAGCUUUGUAGCUGAUUUAAAAUCAGUUGGUUUAAAUAGUAAUAUACAUAUUUUCACUAUAUCACAAUUCAAAAUCACCUUACUGAUUCUCUGGUGAAAUAGUAAGUGAUAUUUCCAGUGAUGAGACUGAUGGUUGCAAUUUACCUCUUUUACCGAGCAGGGUCACAUGUAAGCCUAUUUAUGAUUCAGUUACCAGAUACUUAAAACCAAGACCACAACAUGCAUAAAUGAAAUCAUUUUUUCAUUAUAUGUCUUCAUAUCCCUGUUCUCUGAGUGUCAAUCCAUUCACUCAGAAAUGAACGCCUGCAUGCUGUCACCUGAAAACCAUUGACACAGUAUGAAAUAGGUGACCUCUUACAAUUUACGUUGAUUUCAAGUGAACCGUGUUUUUGAUAGCGUAAGGGAAUUUAGAGUAUUUGGCUGUGUGUUUCUCUGUGUGUGUGAGUGUAUUUGUUUACAAUGUCAAUCUUUUGUUGUUUGUAAUGUGGUUAUGCUGGAAGUUGAACAUCUUGUGUGCAUCUCACAUCAGACCAUAUCAAUUCUGUCAAUUGCUCGAGCGUGGUGUGUCAACUGAAAUUUCAUUUUAACAGUGAAAUAGAUUAUGCACUUGAAAGGCAGCCAAAGGUCUUGUGAAGUGCUGGCAAUAUUAAACCGUGGAGUGUUUCUGAAAGUGCUAUUAAUCCUCCUUUAUUCCAGUAUGUUAAUGAAUACCUAUCCACAAAUACUUUCAAGAAGUAUACACUCAAAUGUACUGAACUCUCCAUUGUGAGACGGGCUUAUUAAAUAAACUUUCAUUGCAUACA